AGCUCGGCUGUUCCCUCAUGCGCUCAAGCAUGCUUCACGUCGGCUGCCCCGGGCGUCGGCUGCGACGUUAACGACUAUGAGUGCCAGUGCAAGCCUGAGGCCCAGGCCAGCUUGACCCAGCUGCUCGUGCCCUGCGUCGCCACUCGUUGUCCCGCUGCCUCUCUGCAGGCCGUCAUCACGGGAGCCAGCUCAGGUAAGAAUUGUCCCCCGUUCUCCAUGUGGAUUGCCCUACUCAUGAGCUGUUAUGUUGACAUUGCUUUCUUCUAG